GCAGGAUGCACGACUGCGUGUAUGCUGCGGCAACGCUCGCCGUCGUCGGCCUCGACCUCGUCCUGUCCGACUACGUUAUCGUGCUUCUCUGGACGGCACUCCUCAUCGUCUUCUCGCAAGACGCCGCCAGCGUGCUCGCGGUGUACCUCGUCAUCAUGUACUCUGCGAAUGUGGCCUUUGGCUGGACCGGCGUCCUCGCCCUCCUUGUGCUCUAUUCUAUCUGCGUCCUGGCCGAAGGAGAUAAGAUACACCAACGAUCAAGGUCACAAUGCGCCAGCGAGCUCGUGGCAUACCUCGUCGUCAUGUACUCCACAAAUGUGGUCUUUGGCUGGACUGGCGUCCUCGCCUUCUUCCUUCUGUUAUGUUUUAUCAGCCUCCAGGUCAAUGCAGAGAGGAUGCACAAACGAUCCGUUUGCACGGACGCGCCGAGUCCGACGUCGCUCAUCUUUGAAUGUCAAGUUUGCUUGGAAAAUCAACCGCAGCGUCGGCGGGCCAUGACCUCGUGCUCCGACUGCUCGCUCGCGAUCUGCGAGACCUGCUUGCGCCAGUACCUGACACUCCGCAUCGAAAGCGGCCAAGUCUCGAGGGAGCACCUCUGCUGCCCCGGUUGCCGCGUCGUCUUGCCGCAGCGUGUGCUUACGACGUACCUCAGCGUCGAGCUCUACGCAACGCUUCGAAAGAUGGUGCAUGACGCGUCCGAGCGUCCAGCGUGUCCGUAUGGCCACUGCGCCGGCACCGUGCUGUCGACGCCCCAUUGGCUCUUGAAGCGGCGCGUCACGUGCUCGGCGGGCCACGGCAUCUGCGUCGAGUGCAACCGACCGUACCACGUCCGCCCCACGUGCGUCGACAAGGCGUACGCGCAGUGGAAGAAGGUGCACGAGGUCCGCAGUUGCCCGCAGUGCAAUCGCGACAUUGAACGCAACGGCGGCUGCAAGCACAUGACCUGCGUCAAGUGCUGGCACGAGUUUUGCUGGCUAUGCCGCGCUCCGUGGAGCGGCUACGGCCACCCAUGCACCGGUGAUGAGUAAAACGGGACUCUAUCCAAGUCGAGUUGCAUUAAUAAUAUGUGCCAUCA